UUUGCAAUCAAUGCUGACAAGUGGAUUUUCCCUUUAGCCGUGUGCUUCAUGUGUGUGCCUUCAAAUGAUGGCCAGCACUAUGAGAAAAAUUGCGAGCAGUACCUGGAUUUUUGUGAGACGCACACACUCAGUGCUCCACUUGGCUCGUCUGUGCUUCUCCCGUGCAAAUUUAUAACCAGCAGCCACGAUUGGGUGUCAUGGGCCCACACUUCUGGGGAGAACCUGGUCAAUCUCACAUCUGAAGGGCGUAUUAAUUUCCUGCUCCCCAAAGGGGGCCGGGUGAAAGUUUUUCCAAACCAGGGCUCAAAAGGGGACUACUCCAUCAGUAUCGAUGAACUUGAAGACUCUGACCUGGGGUGUUAUUACUGUAGGCAGGGAGACGAAUGCCUUCAGAUGGAGCUGGUUGCUGCACCGGUUACACAGAGAGAGAUGUGGCUGCUGAUUUACAUCUGUGCUGGCAUGGCCGCUUUCAUGCUGCUGAGUGUCUUCAGCUAUGUGCUCUAUAAUAACAGAAAACAGAACAAUACCAACAAUCCUGUAGGCGCAGACACUGAGGGUGCUUGUGCUCCACCUCACAUGAACAUGCCUGAACAGCAGAGGGGAGCAGACAACAUUGAUCUUGUUUACGAGAACAAUGACCAAGACCCAGCCAACCAGCAGGGUGACCCCACCAGACACAAUUGUAGACUACCAGGAGUUCUGCAUUAUCUGGACAGGACUCAACCCACUCAAGACACCAGUGGGAUUUAUCCAAACGUGAACCAGUUUAACUCUGAAAGGGAGGAAAGUCAGAGAAAAAAACUGAGAUUUCAUAGAGAACUCAUCAACAGAUUACGACAAGCAAGUUUCAGUCAACAUUAUUAUGUUAACCAAAGUGAACUCAGCCAGCAACAAGCCGAGUCAGCUCAGGCGAAUAAUCAUCACAGAGGUAUUAGAUUUUAUUUGCCUAAAGGGAGUGCAGUCUUCAUCUGUGGGCAUGUUCAGGAUGAAAUCAUACCAUGCACUGAACUUCUCUCUCUUCUUGUUGUUUCUCUUUCAGCUCAUGAAUACCAAAACCCCAUUUACAACAGGAGCAAUGGCCAGCUCAACCAUCUGUAGAGAACAAAGAGUUGAAACAGCUGUUGAGACAGUUUCAGUAUCAACAUCCUCUCGCAAUGACAGUUGAUUAUUAAUUUUCCCGUUUGCUGUUUGGUGAAGUUCAUCAAAUAAAGAUCUUCACAUACAAAAAAGCUCAACUAAGUAACUGCAUGUCUCACAAUCCAAAAUUGCUUUUCUAUCCUAACAUUUCAGUAAUGAAGUUCAGAGUGGUGAUAAUGAAUGUAGAAAAUUGUUGAAAAUCAGUACUUUGAGCUCAUACAUUGCCUUCACUGCAUUAAAAGUUUGACUUGCAGAUCAAAUAUGAGACUUUUGUGUGUUCCUCAGCUGAUCGUAAAUGAAAAGCAAACUACAUUCACGUCAACAGACAGUUCAGAGCUUCUGGUUGACAGUCUUUUAGCUGUGGAAGGAAACC